AAAGCAAUCAUGGGCUCUUCAUCUAGAAAUCUCUAUGCAGGAAUUGGAGAAGGUCAAUCAACUUCUAGGCCACCACUCUUUGAUGGCACCAACUACUCUUAUUGGAAGGAAUGAAUGAGAAUCUAUAUUCGUUCCACCAACUUCCAAUUGUGGUUGGUGAUCAAAAAUGGCGAAGAAAUCCCUAUGAAGAAAGUGGGAGAAACCAUGGUCCCAAAGACCGAAGACGAAUUUGAUGCCGAGGACAUCAAGAAGAUUGAAAACUAUGCAAAGGCCAUCAAUAUGCUAUAUUGCGCGGUCAACCCCGAUGACUACCGAAAGAUCUCCCGUUGCACAACCGCCAAGGAGAUGUGGGACAAGCUUGAAGUAACGUAUGAAGGUACCGAUCAAGUUCGCGAAGCCAAGAUCGACUUUCUCACCCAAGAGUACGAAAUGUUCCGGAUGAAAGAAGGUGAGAAAAUUGAUGAUAUGUUCGACCGGUUCUCAAAGAUCAUCAACGAUCUUCAUGCCCUCAAAAAGUCCUACACCAACAAGGAUCUUGUGAGGAAAAUCCUGCGGAGUCUCACACCCGAAUGGAGGUCAAAAGCCGAUGCAAUCUACGAAUCCAUCGGAGUCUCCAACGUCACCAUCGACGGGCUAAGAGGUAAUCUUAAAACCUAUGAAUCUACUAUUCUAACCCCGUCUUUGGAUGAACAAAAGAAAAAGGGGAUAACUCUCAAAGCCACCAAGGAACCGGUGGAAGAGGCUUCAAGCGAUGACGACAAUGAAUUCGGGCUCGUCAUGAAAAAGUUCCACAAGUUCAUGAAGAAAGAAUUUGAGCGAAAGGGAAGGAAGCACGAUGGUCCUCCCAAGUGCUACGGCUGUGGCGAGAUUGGCCACAUCAAGCCAAGGUGUCCAAAGGCCAAACACGGCAAGGACAAGCCUGGCUUCAAGAAGCAAAGGGCCUACAUCUCUUGGGGUGGCGAUUCCGGCGACAAAUCAACCGACCAAGAGGAGGACGAAGCUGCAAAUCUCUGCCUCAUGGCACACGAAGAUCAAAGCGACGACGUCCAAGAG